AUGAACUCACUGUCAACACGUGACGAAUUGUCAAUAUCCAAAAUCCCUAGUAUUCGGUUGGACGAAACAGACCGAGAGUCAACCGUACAGAAAAUUCGCCAUGCUUGCAUGAACGUAGGUUUCUUCUAUCUGGAGGGGCAUGGAAUCGAGCAAUCUAUGUUUGAUACUGUCCUUGCUCAAUCCAAAAGCUUUUUCGGACUUCCCCUGGCUUCGAAAAGAGCGCUUUCGGACAAAGUCAUGAGCCGAGGUUACACAGGAAUGGAAGAAGAGACUUUGGAUCCAUCUUCUCAAUCCAAAGGAGACACAAAAGAGGGAUUUUAUAUCGGACGGGAAAUAUAUCCAACAGAUCCUCAAUACAAUCCGGCCAAAUUUUGUGGACCUAAUCAAUGGCCAGAUGAAUUGCUGUGCUCCACGCACAUCGAAUGUUUCUCGUUCCGCACAACCAUGGAACUUUAUUUUACCACCAUAAGUGCAGUUGCGCUUCGUGUGAUUCAGCUACUGGCUCUCGCGAUCGGUGUCGACGAACACUAUUUCGAUAGCAGCUUUAGCGAUCCCUUGGCUGUUCUUCGGCUCUUACACUACUCUGGGGAGCCUAGUCGGCCGGAGGAUGGCAUCUUCGCAUGUGGCGCUCAUUCUGAUUACGGUAUGAUUACUCUUUUAUUAACGGACAGCACACCCGGCCUACAGAUCUUUACCAAAGACAAUAUUUGGCUAGAUGCUCCCCCGGUUGCGGGGGCGCUGGUUGUCAACUUGGGAGAUAUGUUGGAGCGAUGGACAAACGGGAUUUUCCGAUCGACCAAACAUCGAGUUUUGACGGCGGGUGGUACUGAACGGUAUUCUAUCCCUUUCUUCUAUGAGCCAAAUUUUGACACAGUGGUCGAAUGUUUAAGUGAAUGUUGCGAUACCGAAAUCAACCCGGGCAAAUAUCCUCGGACCACCUCGGGACAGCACCUGCUUGAAAAGUACAAACAGACUCACGCCGACUUCAAACCCGAGACAAAAAAAAAUUAG